AUGCACCAACAUGUCCACCGCAAUGAGUUUACACAGACGAUGCCAACAGAUCGUCCCUUCUCACUUCCGCGAAUAGGGAGAAGUGACACUCGAUUGCGGAGAGGGGAAAUGAAUAAAUACAGCAGUGGACCUCAUCUACAAGGUGGUCGUGAUAUUGCGGGAAAGACUUUUCUGAGUCGUCAUGGGCCUAAAACAUGGGAAUACACUUAUCGCCCCAAAGUAAAGAGAGAAGUAAACAAACAAGUCUCUUCUUGUGGUUUAACGACUGCGCCAAUAGAUAGGACAUUGCCUCUACGACGAACAUGUGAUGAGGAAACAGCCUGUCGUAGACUUAUAAUGGCUAAUGAAACAAUAGAACGACAACGUCUUUUACGACAAGUAGAAAAUAUGCAACCAGUAAUGGGUAGUUUUUCUACAGAAAAUGAAGAACGUGGUCUUCGUUUACUUUCUUUAAAAAAUUAUGCAGGUGCGUUUGUUUGUUUUACUCGAUCGUUUAGACAAAAUACUCGUUCUAGGAUGGCAUAUUGUAAACGUGCAUUCUGUAGUUGGCAUUUAUUAUUAUAUGAUGAAUGUAUUGAAGAUUGUCGAAGGGCUCUUGAUUUAGAUCGAGAACUUGUUUCACUUCUUUCCCGUUCAUUUCUUAUGCGUGAACGUUAUCAAGAAGCACGUCAAUGUUACGAUUAUGCGUUGCAAAAUUUUAUAACUUCAACAGAAGAUCCAUAUUGUGUUAAAUGGCAGACUGAAUAUGAAGCGAUAUCUGCACUUGAAAAAUUUCGAACUUUUAUUAAAGAAAAAAAAUGGGAAGAAUCUUUAGUUGUAAAGGAUACUGCUAAACCUCUUAUUGAUGGAACACCGUUAAUUGUAUUGGAGGCAAGAGCUUUGCUACAUGUAAGUCCUCCCACUGCACGUAUGCGUCUUAUCCCAUACAUUGCUACAAUUACAAGACCUUCACAUACCCAAACAGGAAUGUCUUUAGAGGAAAAGACAGUAUAUCGUUCUUUAGAUGAACAUUACUUACAAGCUUGUGUUCUUUUAGCACAAAUUAAUGUUUAUUGUGGUACACAAUAUUUAGCAGUUUCUGCAGCUCUUCUUCAAACAUGUCUAGCUAUUAGUCCUGGUUUUGGUCCAGCAGUUCUUCUUGGUCAUUAUCUAGUUUCUUUAGAAGAAGUUCUUACCCAGGUAACAACUUUGUUUCAACAUAAACGAUAUGCAGAAGCUAUUCCUAUUAUUCAUGAUGGUUUGGAGUUAGAUAAAUCAAAUUCGUUAAUGUGUAGUAUACUACUUUGCAUGCGAGCUGAAGCUAAUGCACAUCUUGGUAGGGAUUUUGAGGUUAUUAAUGAUUGCACUACAGCUAUUUCUCUUGACCCAAAAUGUUCAAAAGCUUAUGUGCUUCGUGCAGAUGCACAUCAAAAGCGAAAUGAACGUUCUGAGGCUGCAGUAGAUCGCCUUACUGCUGUAAAGUUAGAUCCUACACUACGUCAUAUACUUCGUGGAGAUGAAGAACAGUUUUUACCAAUACCUGAACAGACAAACACAUCUCAUAAUAUGUAUGGGACACGAAAUAAUCGUCCACGUUGGUAUGAUUUCUUUAAACCAAAAAGCGAGUUUGAAUCUUUACCAAAGUUUUCUAUGGGAAGUGAUGGGAAGAGUACAAAGCAGGCACCAAUGGUCACAGGUGUAACUACACUUUAUGAUAUUUUGGAAUUGGAAAAAGGAGCCAGUAUGGAAGAUGUUCGUGCACAGUUCAAGAAAUUAACUCUGAUAUAUCAUCCAGACAGAGUAGUGAGGGAUACGGUACAAGCACAAGAAGAAGCAUUAGAGCGAUUUAAGCUUAUUAAUCAUGCACAUGAAGUUCUGACAGAUCCCAGUGAAAAGUUUGUAUAUGACCUUUCAUUAGGGAUUCAUUCUGGUACAAACUUAUAG